UCGGCAGUAAGCAUAGUACGUCAUUGCUGAAAUCCUAUGGUGUACCCGCCAUACUAUAAAAUGGGCCCCCAUCCAUGUCUGCGGCCAUGUCGUCUUAUCGCGAUAGUUGUACUGCCAAAGCACCUCCCUGAAAGAAAGCCGCGACUAUGGCCAAGGAGAUUUCUUGUCUUUGCAUUCUCUAUAUGCUUCUUGCCUUAAGUGGCUCGGGUUAUGUUCAUGCAUUGAAGCUGGUGAACAAUUUCAAUCAGACAUUGGCGAAAGGCGGAACAAACUUUGCAGCGGCUGAUUUGAGAAGCGGACUUUUCUACGACUACAAGUUGAAUAUCAAUACGUCGACGAACAUCUACAAGGUUAACGUUCGACAACAUACAGUUGCUGCACCCAAAACGACCAAGUGGAAUAGGACAUAUUCCGAGAAUGCAACGUCCUAUUAUCCAAACUACAUCGUUGGCAAACCUGGUAGUGACCUGUACGAAAUCUCAAUCGUAACUGUGGGCAACGAUUCGUCGAUUGCAAUACGCCGCUUCAAUAAUACCAGCGGUAAAAUCACUUACAGCUUGAAAAGAUCCAACAGCUCGUGUCCUGUACCCGUCUCGGCCACUGGUGUUGUCGACCCUAAUUCGGGUGACCUCUUUGUCGUUGCAAUGUGUCGAUACGCGAAUCAAGAGGCAAAUUAUACAAGGAAUUUCCUGUUCAUUGAGCGCAUCAACAAAACUGGUGGACUUGUUCGCCGGAGGACCAUUCGCCCUGUCUACGCUUCAGCCGCAUAUGCUGCCAUAAACCCUGUCGGCGACCGUCUCUACAUUGCAGGCUACAAGUACGAUAAUACCUCUCAUGCCGGAGCUCCAUUCCUGGCGUCGUACAAGACACGAACACUUGCUCAAGUCAGUGCUCCGACACUCCUUCAAUCCGGAAAAUAUUCAGUUUUGACAUCCCUGGCGGUUGACAAUGACGGCAACCCUGUCGUUUCCGUCAAUGCCGCAAGCGGAGCGGACAACAUGCUAUUCAGAUUCAAUGACAAUGGCAAUCAAACCCUUGCCAAUACAACCACACAACUUGGCGAUAUCAAACUGGUAGCGGGCCGCGAAGCUUUGUAUUCAUGUGGAACUGAAUUUGAGAGCGAGGGUCCAGUCUAUCUGACGGCCCGCAACUCGUCCAAUCUGAGCGAAAUUGCCAAAGUGAAGGUUCCGAAUACGGGAUCGUGCAGGUUUAUUCAAAUGGACAAGCUGAACGUUGAGGACCAGGACGAGGUGUCCAUCGCCGUUGUUGACAGGGAAAAGCCCUCGAAACUACGCAAGUACGUUCUGAUCUGAUGAAAAUUGAAGAGUGUGUGGCGUUCCGCGCGGGCGUUAGUGAGAUGUUUUCAUGUAAAAAUGAAGUGUUAUAGUUUCAAAGUGUUCCUAAAGUAUAUAUUGUAAAAAGACAGUGUGCAUCAAACAACGAUGCUUUCCCGUU